CAAAUAUCACCUUUUUUUGAUUAUAAAUAAAAAUUUUAUACCUUUCUUUCUUGUAAUUAUCAUCAAUUGUCAUCAAUUGUUAUUCCAUUCCUUAGUUUAAACCAUCUAGAUAUCAUCAAUUCCAUCAAUUGAAUAGUAAUCACCUUUAGCCUUUAAUAAUUCAUUUUUUUUGCACACAAAAAAAACACUGUACUCAUUUUUUUAAGCAGACAUAAAAAUUACCUCUUAAGAAAGUAUAAUACCCCAUUAAUUAUUUAAUUAAUCAGCAAGAAUAACAACACCAAGAAGAAACAAAGAAGAAUAUAUAUUAUACACAUCCCCACCUCAACCCAUGUCCUUAUUAUAUCAUCCCAUCUCAUCUACUACUGUUAGUUCCAGAGAUUUAACGGGCUGUUUAACUCCAAAUAAUUUAUCAAAUCAAUCAAAUACUAGAAAUUUAAAAAUGUCAAACCCAAAUACUAAUGAAUUAUAUCAACCAAAAGUGGUGAUUCCAACCACUUCCAAUUAUUAUACCAAACCUUACUUCACCCCUACUCCCGUGCCACCCACCAAAGAACAACAACAUCAAUCGGAAAAUAUUGGUACUAGCUCAACUAAUAAUCAAGAUUCAACUAUUUUAUCACCUCCAAUUUCUCCAUAUCAAAGAAAUGUCACUUUAAACACUAUCAAACCAAUUAUUACCGUUGAAGAAAAAUCAUAUUUAAUCAAUUCUAAUCAAGAAUUCAAAAUUGAGAACUUUAAAGAUUAUAAAUUAACUAUCGAUGCUUUCAAUACUAAUACUAUUAAUGAAGAUUAUAAAUCUAAACAAUUGAAUUUUAUUAAUAAAUAUAAUUUAAUCUCUAAUGGUCAAACUGAUAUUUAUAUCCCUCCAAGAAAAUAUAUCAAGAGGAAAUUGAAUGAAUAUAGUGAUAAUGACAAUAAUAAUAACAAUGGGAAUAAUUCCGCUACGGAAUCUACAUUUGAAAGAAUUAGAACGAGAAGAAUCAUUAAGAACAAGAGUACUAAUAGUGAUUCAUCCGAUUAUUUUGAAGAAUUACCUAUGACUCCACCUCCUCAAAAGAGAAAAAGACCAACUACUCCAUCCACUCCUAAACGAGAAUCAAACAAUCCAUCUCCAUCCAUUGCUUUACAACAGCAAAUGUUGAUUGAUGAAAGUAUUCCUGAUUUCUCACCUGAUGCAUUUGAAACCUUACCCACUAAUAAUAAUCGUGCUUUAAAGAUUGAAUGGAAAGGUCAACCUAUGGAUUUAUCUCAAGAUCCAAAUAAAUCCAAAUUACAUCCUGCUGAAUUAAAUUUAGCUUCGAUUUUAAGAUUACCCGUGGCAGUAUAUUUGGAUUCAAAGAGAAGAUUCUUUUUUGAAAAAGUGGAUAGAUUGAAACAAGGUAAACAAUUCAGAAGAACUGAUGCCCAAAAGGCAUGUAGAAUCGAUGUUAAUAAAGCUUCGAGAUUAUACGCUGCCUUUGAGAAAGUGGGAUGGUUGAAUGAUAUUCAUUUUAAACAAUAUUUAUAAGGAGACACCUCAUACAUUUUAUUUCGGUAUACUAUUAUUAUUUUUUGUGAUAUUUAUUUA